AUGUUCUUCUUUGUCUUUAUUCUUAUCUCAUGCACAAUCGCAACCUCUCUUUUUUUACCUUUAUUAUGCACUUACGGUUUUGUGGGCCGAGAUAUCAACAAGAUAGGCUCCCAAACGCUAGUGCCAGAACCAGGUAGUAUACCUGCCUGUUUGAUCUACUUAUUUACACUUUUUUGCUUGUCUGGUGAAAGUAAAGAGCUCAUUGCAAUAUUUAUAUCUCUAACACUAGGUCUAGUGAUUGGGCUACUUGACGAUAUUUACUCAUUUGGUUGGGGUACUAAGGUCGUACUCCCUCUAAUUUGCUGGAUUCCUUCACGAUACUACCUAGCUAGGCCCAAGUUUUUACGUGUAAAUUUGUUAAAUUAUUUUAAUCUAUAUUUACCAAUUAGCGGGCCUGCAAUUGUGAUCUGGGAGGUGGCAAUUGUGUGUCUAUAUACAUUUAUUCCAAAUGCAAUAAAUAUAUAUUCUGGUAUAAACGGACUGGAGGUUGGUCAGUCACUUGUUAUCUGCUUGGCAAUUCACGGAUUCGGAUAUACAGAAUGCAGUCAAGUUGUGCGAUUUUACGCUCUGUACUUUAUCGCAGUAUGUUUGAGUUUGUUAUUAUUCAAUUGGCACCCUGCCAAAAUGUUUGUGGGUGAUACAUUCACCUGUUUCGCCGGUAUCUUCUUUGCCAAUCUCUUCCUCAUAGGCUACAGUUCGCUCAAAUUGAUAAUGUUUUUUAUGCCGCAAAUCGUCAAUUUUUUAGUAUCGGUGCCACAAUUGAUUGGAUUGGUGGCUUGUCCCAGGCAUAGGACUCCGCAUGUUAAAAAUAGUGGUUUGCUAGUGUCUAGCGGUGAUCUUACGCUUGUAAAUUUGGUGCUAAAACUAACUGGUCCAAUAGGGGAGAGGGACUUGGUAGCCCUGUUGUUGGUGGUACAGGGCUUAGUCGCUAUAUGCGCACAUCUAAUUGUACAGUAG